GAACAGAUUACAGAGGCUUGUCUAGGUUUUAAGGGAUUUGAGAAACUGCAAGUCUCUCUGCUAAAGCGAAACGAAAAAAGGGAACAAAGUUGCAUCAAGACGAGAGCUCUAGUCUCCAAAUUCUAGAUCUUCCGUUCCUAGUAUCCGUCGAUGCCACCUCCCAAUAUGAGGAUUCGCAAGUACGCCCAGAAGUACCAAAUUUGUUGUAUUCCUUCAGAGCUUCCUUUACCCAACAACCCAUGCCCAAGAGAGAGCAGCCCCUUGACGUGCAUGUGCCAACUUUAUCACUCGCCAUGGAAUGUGAUUUCCUUCACUUCCGACGAAAGGAGAGAGGAUGAUAGCGGAGGAGAAAUAGCUAAUGCAGCACAUAGCAUCCUUUUGUUGAAUAGAUCUAGCUGGGAAGAUGACUGUAAGCUAUCACCUCCGAAUAUUGAUCCAAUCUCAGGAAAGAAAAGUAGAAACGAGGUUGAAGAAAUGAUGCACUCUAAGUCGGGGAAGGAAGGGAUGAACUUGAUAUGCUGUAAUAAGACAGAUGGGAAGGGAUGGAAAUGUAAAAAAGAAGCUAAACAAGGGCACUCGAUGUGUGAGCACCACCUUGAUCAACUAAAGUCUUACUAUAUCAAAAGCAAGAGCAGCAACCCCAGUAGCUGCAUCCCUAGUCGUGGAAAGAGAUCUUACUCGAAAAACUCAAAGAUGCCCUCCUCCGAUUUCUAUUACUACACGGGGUUUGGUCCUCUAUGGGGGAAGGGAAGAGAAAUUAUAGAAAUCAAUUCUGGUGAUUCUUCUUCUAGUACUCCAUCAUUAUUAUUAUCCCAUAAUGAAGAGGAUGGUGAUGAUAAUGGAAAUGCGAAAAAGAAGAAGAAGAGAGCUAGAAAGCCUGGGAAUACAUGAGAUCUCAGGUCAUUGCUUUAAUAGUUUAGUUCAUCUGCUUCUCUGUAAAGGAUUUGUAGAACUUUUGGGAGAAGUUAGGGAUUCAGGAUUUGUUUCCUGAGCUUAACAUGGGAAUUGGACAUUAUGUUUAUGGCUAGUUGCCUAGUUGGAAUUUAAUUCAUGAUUAGGUUUAUUAAUUUGUUUUC